CAAGUGUAUGUAUCUUAACUUACCUGUAACUUAUUAGCACCUUACGCAUCAAAUCAGAGAUGCAUCUUCCAGGGACACUAUGCAUCUUUGCAACGCUGUUUUUAGUGACGCAGGUAAAAGAAGCUACUGCAGACUGUGACAUAUCAUCAAUAUCAUCACCCACUGCAUCAUCUCUGCUUAUAAAAUGGAGCAAGUUUACAGGAGCGACAAGCUAUGUUCUGGAUGUCAGGACUGUAAAUUCAAGCAACACAGCACCUGUCACUCUUACACUAGCUGGGUCCAGUGUGGAGAAACUGGUCCAAGGCUUAAGACCGGGACAAAUUUAUUUAGUGACUUUAAAAGUGUUUUUGCUCAAUAACAUGGUAUGCCUCACCUCCACGACAGCACAGACAAUUCCUGCCACCUCGCAAAUAACAUAUUCAAAGGCGAUAUCAAGCACCUCAAUCAAAUUUGAGUGGUCCAGUGCGCAAGGAGCCGAUAAAUACAUUUUGGUGGUGAAUGGAACGUUCCAUCCUGAGUCUCGUAACGUCACAUUCACCACGCUAAGUGGACAGAUAGACAACCUCCAGCGGGCCACCUCAUACAACUGUUACGUUUAUUCCGCCAAUUCCGCAGGACUCGGCGCUAAAAGUCUUGUUAAAACCAUCAGAACGUUGGUACAGCCACCAGAUAAUGUGGCAGUGAGCGCGUUAACGCAGAGCAUGGCUCGCGUAACAUGGAACAGCGUCUUAGGCGUCCUGCUCUACCAGCUUCAAGUGACGGCCAAUAACAACCCGGGACUUGCCCCGGUAAUUAAGAACGUCACUGCUACCGCUGUAAAUAUCUCAAACCUGGAGCCUUGUACAACAUACACAAUAGGGGUUGCAUCCAUCAACAUGUUCCUGGAGCCAGGAGAGUCCACCAACAUCACCUACACAACUCCUACUAUUUCAAGUGUUUCCUUCAUCUCUGUGGAGUACAACUGUCUUACUUCGACAGCAUCGGUUAGUUGGGAUGUGGUUUUUGGUGCCACGUCGUACCGUGCCGUCAUUACAGAUGGUCAAGGUCGGUCGCUCAACUGCACUUCCACGGACACCACCUGCGAAAUUUCAGCGCUGGCCUGUGGAGAGCGUUAUACCGUAUGGAUCAUAGCCAUCGCUAACUGUGAAAGCACUUCUGAUGGCAGCUACGUCUUCGAGACAGCACCUUGCCCGCCCAAAGGAGCAAAAGUGUACCGUGAGUGCUCCACUAAUGUCAUCUUGUUCUCGUGGAAUGCUACCAACAACACGGCGUAUUACUUUGCCAUGGCUGUGGACUCGGACGGACUGGUAAUGGAGUGCCUCACUGUGGAUACCUCCUGUUAUUUCACCGACACCGUCUGUGGUCAAACCUACACCUUCAUCGUCAGCUCCACCUAUUCCGGAGGACUAGACUGCAACAGUGGAUACACGGACGGGGUCGUGGUCAAAACAUCCCCAUGUUUGCCGCAGAACAUAUACACAGUUGCAAACUGUAGUAGCAUCAGCAGUGCCGUCAUUACUUGGGACCCGGUCGCAGGAGCAGAGAACUACGUUGUGGAGGCUCACGGUAAUAGUAAAGAUUUCUACAACUGUACGUCUGCAAACACAAGCUGCACGUUAACAGAUCUGGACUGCGGAGAGAGCCUGAGCGUGUGGAUUGUGGCCAAAAAUGAUGAAUGUACUACUGAUCCUGUGCUGGGAGAUGUGGCUGAGACAGUUCCCUGCAUACCUCAGAAUGUGUCUGCUGUGGAGACCUGUAGUUCAAACUCCGCCGCUAUCACAUGGAACUCUGCCAGCGGUGCCAUCUUCUACUUUGGACUGGCAACGCACAUAGAUGGUACAGUUCACUCUUGCACUGCCAUGGUGGCAGAGUGCACAUUCAUAGACCUGCGAUGCGGCGAGACGUAUGAUGUGCACGUCAUGUCAACUAACCUGCAAUGCAACAGUUCUGAGAGUGAACAUAUCACCCUGCAGACAGCUCCAUGUGCUCCGCUCAGUGUGGGGGUCACUACAGACUGUGCAGCGAAUCAUGCAAUCGUAAGCUGGCAGACCUAUCAGGCUGAAAGUCUCUACACAGCAGUACUGCAGGAUGAACAUGGACCCACAGUUAACUGCAGCACCAGCUCUAACAACUGCACAUUGGCAAACCUGCUCUGCGGAAUGAACUACAACGUCACAGUCACAAGGAAAGACGGUCAAUGCAUGAGUCUGCCAUCCACACCUAUUCAGAUCCAGUCAGCUCCUUGUGACCCUCAAAACAUCACAACUGUGCUCCAGUGUGACACCAACACGGUCAACGUGACUUGGGCUGCCAGUGCAGGAGCGAAGGGGUACACGGCAAUGGCAACAGACGGGCAGCAGCACCACUUAGCUUCUUGUCACUCUAUGGGGACUUCCUGUCAGCUGACCUCUCUGCCGUGUGGGACGAGACUAAACGUCACUGUCCAAGCUGAUGGAGCCACCUGCAACAGCAGCUCACAACCGAAAGCUGUCGUGGAAACAGCUCCCUGCAUUCCCACCAGUGUUGCUGCUGCUCUGAACUGUACAUCUAACAUUGCUUCCAUCACCUGGCACAGUGCACUUGGUGCCACUUGGUACUUGGUAAAGGCAGAAACCAACCAAGGUUACAAGACUUCCUGCAACAACACUGUCACACGCUGUGAUAUCCCAAACCUGCAGUGCGGCCAGGAAUAUUUCAUCACAGUCACGGGCAUGAAUGGUAACUGCAUGGGUCCAGCUAGCCAGCCUGUCACACUUGUCUCAGCUCCAUGUCACAACAGUGGCAUUCACGCCAGUCUGGACUGCCACACCAACGCAGCACUCGUUUCUUGGACACCAGGCAAUGGUUCGCUAAGUUUCAAUGCAACACUGCAGUCCUUCCAGGACCCCCAACAGCACAGCUGCGUCACCAACGGCUCCUCCUGCAGCAUCAGCUCACUGCCGUGUGGUCAACACUAUAACAUCAGUGUUACAGGAUAUGGCCAGACCUGUUCAAUCUCUUCUAAAACCCUGCUCACUGUUGACACAGCUCCAUGUGUUCCCACUCAAGUCAAUGUGUCAUUAUCCUGUGGGUCAGACACUGCAUCUGUUUCCUGGACAGCAUCUAGUGGCCUUGUUUCAUACUAUACAGUAACAGCAGUAGAUGAUAAUGGACAUACACUAACCUGCAACUCCAGCAGCACUUCCUGUAACAUCAACGGCUUGGUGUGUGGUCAGGCGUACAACGUGUCAGUCACUGCUAUGAGCGUGAACUGCACCGGGCAACGUAGUGAAGUGCGUCGCAUCAAUACUGCACCCUGUGCUCCUCAGGCUGUGGUCAGUCAGCUCUUAGACUGUCAAACAGGUGAUGUUCAAAUUAGAUGGCAGUCGACUAAUGGGGCGCAGAUCUACUAUGCUGAAGCAAAAUCCAUUAACAAGACUCUGGUGUGCAACUCCACCUCCACGUCCUGCACAAUCCCUGCACUUGGCUGUGGACAGACGUACAAUAUCAGCGUGGUUGGAGAGGCCAACGGCUGUAGAUCCAACGCCAGUGUGACCAGUGAGGUCACAACAGCUCCAUGUGUUCCCACUCAAGUCAAUGUGUCAUUAUCCUGUGGGUCAGACACUGCAUCUGUUUCCUGGACAGCAUCUAGUGGCCUUGUUUCAUACUAUACAGUAACAGCAGUAGAUGAUAAUGGACAUACGCUAACCUGCAACUCCAGCAGCACUUCCUGUAACAUCAACGGCUUGGUGUGUGGUCAGGCGUACAACGUGUCAGUCACUGCUAUGAGCGUGAACUGCACCGGGCAACGUAGUGAAGUGCGUCGCAUCAAUACUGCACCCUGUGCUCCUCAGGCUGUGGUCAGUCAGCUCUUAGACUGUCAAACAGGUGAUGUUCAAAUUAGAUGGCAGUCGACUAAUGGGGCGCAGAUCUACUAUGCUGAAGCAAAAUCCAUUAACAAGACUCUGGUGUGCAACUCCACCUCCACGUCCUGCACAAUCCCUGCACUUGGCUGUGGACAGACGUACAAUAUCAGCGUGGUUGGAGAGGCCAACGGCUGUAGAUCCAAUGCCAGUGUGACCAGUCAGGUCACAACAGCUCCAUGUGUUCCCACUCAAGUCAAUGUGUCAUUAUCCUGUGGGUCAGACACUGCAUCUGUUUCCUGGACAGCAUCUAGUGGCCUUGUUUCAUACUAUACAGUAACAGCAGUAGAUGAUAAUGGACAUACACUAACCUGCAACUCCAGCAGCACUUCCUGUAACAUCAACGGCUUGGUGUGUGGUCAGGCGUACAACGUGUCAGUCACUGCUAUGAGCGUGAACUGCACCGGGCAACGUAGUGAAGUGCGUCGCAUUAAUACUGCACCCUGUGCUCCUCAGGCUGUGGUCAGUCAGCUCUUAGACUGUCAAACAGGUGAUGUUCAAAUUAGAUGGCAGUCGACUAAUGGGGCGCAGAUCUACUAUGCUGAAGCAAAAUCCAUUAACAAGACUCUGGUGUGCAACUCCACCUCCACGUCCUGCACAAUCCCUGCAAUUGGCUGUGGACAGACGUACAAUAUCAGCGUGGUUGGAGAGGCCAACGGCUGUAGAUCCAACGCCAGUGUGACCAGUGAGGUCACAACAGCUCCAUGUGUUCCCACUCAAGUCAAUGUGUCAUUAUCCUGUGGGUCAGACACUGCAUCUGUUUCCUGGACAGCAUCUAGUGGCCUUGUUUCAUACUAUACAGUAACAGCAGUAGAUGAUAAUGGACAUACGCUAACCUGCAACUCCAGCAGCACUUCCUGUAACAUCAACGGCUUGGUGUGUGGUCAGGCGUACAACGUGUCAGUCACUGCUAUGAGCGUGAACUGCACCGGGCAACGUAGUGAAGUGCGUCGCAUCAAUACUGCACCCUGUGCUCCUCAGGCUGUGGUCAGUCAGCUCUUAGACUGUCAAACAGGUGAUGUUCAAAUUAGAUGGCAGUCGACUAAUGGGGCGCAGAUCUACUAUGCUGAAGCAAAAUCCAUUAACAAGACUCUGGUGUGCAACUCCACCUCCACGUCCUGCACAAUCCCUGCACUUGGCUGUGGACAGACGUACAAUAUCAGUGUGGUUGGAGAGGCCAACGGCUGUAGAUCCAACGCCAGUGUGACCAGUCAGGUCACAACAGCUCCAUGUGUUCCCACUCAAGUCAAUGUGUCAUUAUCCUGUGGGUCAGACACUGCAUCUGUUUCCUGGACAGCAUCUAGUGGCCUUGUUUCAUACUAUACAGUAACAGCAGUAGAUGAUAAUGGACAUACACUAACCUGUAACUCCAGCAGCACUUCCUGUAACAUCAACGGCUUGGUGUGUGGUCAGGCGUACAACGUGUCAGUCACUGCUAUGAGCGUGAACUGCACCGGGCAACGUAGUGAAGUGCGUCGCAUUAAUACUGCACCCUGUGCUCCUCAGGCUGUGGUCAGUCAGCUCUUAGACUGUCAAACAGGUGAUGUUCAAAUUAGAUGGCAGUCGACUAAUGGGGCGCAGAUCUACUAUGCUGAAGCAAAAUCCAUUAACAAGACUCUGGUGUGCAACUCCACCUCCACGUCCUGCACAAUCCCUGCAAUUGGCUGUGGACAGACGUACAAUAUCAGCGUGGUUGGAGAGGCCAACGGCUGUAGAUCCAACGCCAGUGUGACCAGUGAGGUCACAACAGCUCCAUGUGUUCCCACUCAAGUCAAUGUGUCAUUAUCCUGUGGGUCAGACACUGCAUCUGUUUCCUGGACAGCAUCUAGUGGCCUUGUUUCAUACUAUACAGUAACAGCAGUAGAUGAUAAUGGACAUACGCUAACCUGCAACUCCAGCAGCACUUCCUGUAACAUCAACGGCUUGGUGUGUGGUCAGGCGUACAACGUGUCAGUCACUGCUAUGAGCGUGAACUGCACCGGGCAACGUAGUGAAGUGCGUCGCAUCAAUACUGCACCCUGUGCUCCUCAGGCUGUGGUCAGUCAGCUCUUAGACUGUCAAACAGGUGAUGUUCAAAUUAGAUGGCAGUCGACUAAUGGGGCGCAGAUCUACUAUGCUGAAGCAAAAUCCAUUAACAAGACUCUGGUGUGCAACUCCACCUCCACGUCCUGCACAAUCCCUGCAAUUGGCUGUGGGCAGACGUACAAUAUCAGCGUGGUUGGAGAGGCCAACGGCUGUAGAUCCAACGCCAGUGUGACCAGUCAGGUCACAACAGCUCCAUGUGUUCCCACUCAAGUCAAUGUGUCAUUAUCCUGUGGGUCAGACACGGCAUCUGUUUCCUGGACAGCAUCUAGUGGCCUUGUUUCAUACUAUACAGUAACAGCAGUAGAUGAUAAUGGACAUACGCUAACCUGCAACUCCAGCAGCACUUCCUGUAACAUCAACGGCUUGGUGUGUGGUCAGGCGUACAACGUGUCAGUAACAGCUAUGAGCGUGAACUGCACCGGGCAACGUAGUGAAGUGCGUCGCAUCAAUACUGCACCCUGUGCUCCUCAGGCUGUGGUCAGUCAGCUCUUAGACUGUCAAACAGGUGAUGUUCAAAUUAGAUGGCAGUCGAGUAAUGGGGCGCAGAUCUACUAUGCUGAAGCAAAAUCCAUUAACAAGACUCUAGUGUGCAACUCCACCACCACGUCCUGCAUAAUCCCUGCACUUGGCUGUGGGCAGACGUACAAUAUCAGUGUGGUUGGAGAGGCCAAUGGCUGUAGAUCCAACGCCAGUGUGACCAGUGAGGUCACAACAGCUCCUUGUGUACCACAAAAUGUGUCGGCCAGUGUGAGCUGUAGCAGCAACAUAGCAACAGUAACCUGGGGGAGAAGCCAAGGGACAGAGCUUUACACAGUGACAGCCAUCAGCGCUAAUGGACUUUUAGCUAACUGCACCUCAGUAUCCACUUCCUGUGACCUGCAAGCUUUGACCUGCGGAGAGUCUUAUACAAUCACAGUGAAGGCAAAAGGCAGCAACUGCAGCAGUGGGAACAGUACGCCUGUUCAAGUUAAAGCAGUGCCCUGCACCCCAAGUAACGUCCUGCCCACCGUGGACUGCAUCACAAAUGCUUUAGUGGUAUCAUGGACACCUAGUGCAGGAGGCGAGUACUACACGGCCACCUUGCAGGACAGCAAUGGACUGUCCACCACCUGCCAGUCUAUGGGCUCAAAGUGUAACGUGACAGGACUCAGAUGUGGUCAGCUGUACCAUGUCAAUGUGACAGCGUCAGAUAGUCUGUGCAUUAGCCCUCCUAGUGCUACUGUGAACACUAACUCAGUUCCCUGCGCAGCCAGCUCCAUCAAGGCAGUGUUGGAUUGUCAGCUGGAUACAGCCACUGUGUCGUGGCAGUACGGUGCAGGUGCUCAGGGAUAUGCUGUCUCUGCCUUGGCACCGGUGAACAACAGGGCUAGCUGCACAUCUAACAGCUCCUUCACGCACUGUGAGCUGAGCAAACUGCAGUGCGGCAGUGAGUACACGGUGAACGUACAGAGUUUGGGACAGAUGUGCAAUGCCAGUGCUCAGAUGACUGGCUCCCUGAUCACAGGUCCAUGUGUUCCUCAGCAUCUGACAGUGCAGUACAGUCCUUCCACCGCUCUGCUCUCCUGGGAUGUCACUAAAGGUGCCACCAACUUCACAGCAGUGGCUGUGACCCCCGAGGGCCUGACAGUGACCUGUGAAACCUCUAACACGAGCUGCACCUUUCCAAACCUGAAAUGUGGACAGAUCUACAACGUCAGUGUUACGGCUCACAACAGUAUCUGCAGUGACAUUGUGACCUUUGAUCCUAUCAAGACAGAACCCUGUCCUCCUCAGAAUGUCCAAGCUAGCCUAAACUGCUCCACUCUCAGUGCUACUGUCUCCUGGGAGCCUAGCCAGUUGGCAGUGGGAUAUGUUGCAUUCCUGGAAGGCAGAAACAGUCAUUCCACUUCCUGUCGGACAAAUCAUACAUACUGCAGUUUACCUGGUCUCACCUGUGGAACAGUGUACUAUGUCAGAGUCCGUGCCAUCGGUGAGGUGUUCAACAGCUCUGACAGCAUAGGGGUCAACAUGACAUCAGCACCAUGUAUGUCCUCCAGUGUGUCUGCCAUAGUGGACUGUCCUACAGAUUCAGUUCUAGUGUCCUGGAGCGCCAUUGCUGGGGCAGAGAAUUACUCCGUGACAGCUUUGGGCUCAGGAGGUCAAACAGUCUCCUGCUCAACCAGUCAGAACCACUGUAACAUCUCCUCACUGCAGUGUGGACAGCAAUUUAAUGUCACCUUCACCUCUACAAACCACCAGUGCCAAAUGAGGAGCACCACCACAAAUGUCACGUUUCAGUCCAGACCCUGCGUACCACUGCAUCCAGUAGUUGAUAAACUGUGUGGUAACAAAAUGUCUGUGAUGUCUUGGGAUGUGAGCGAAGGAGUUGAUUACUACAUCGCCGGAGCUGUCAGUGCAGCAGGAGGAUACCAGCUCUGUAACUCCACCAACUCUGUUUGUUCCUUCACUACUCUGGGCUGUGGAGAGACCUACACUUUCACUGUCACUGCCCACAGAGGUCACUGCCAAAGCGACACCAGCGCACCUGCAUACCUCACUACAGAUCCUUGCAAACCAGAAAACGUGACUGCUCACGUGUCAUGUGACAGCGAGACGGUGGCGCUCGACUGGUCAAAAGCCAAAGGGGCGUCAUUCUACUUUGUGAUGGCAACAGGGAGUCUGGGAUAUAUUGUCGAUUUCAACACUACUUCUACUAACCUGUCUGUGUCACUGCUCUGUGGACAAAGCUACAGUGUGUCUGUGCAAGCGCAAAACGAAUACUGCGAGAGCACACCGAGCAUCCCUGCAAUUUUCAGACUCGCACCCUGCACGCCCCUUAAUCUCGUGACAUAUUUCGAGUGUGACAACCAGUUGGGUUCUGUCAGCUGGGGGCCAAGCGACGGAGCCAACAUGUACACUGCCACAGCAGUGGGUGUGGAUGGACACACACACCUGUGUGUUACGAAUGGGACCAGCUGCACCUGGGAGGACCUGCACUGCGGUGAAAUUUACAACGUUACAGUCACUGCCAAUGACAGCCGCUGCACAAGUGCACGCCGCAACAGCACCAUCAUACACAUGGCUCCAUGUGUUCCUCAAGCUGUGAUGCCCAUCCUGGACUGUGGUACGGGGGAGGGCCAUCUGAGCUGGGCUUCCAGUGCUGGAGCUGAGACAUAUGAGGUGGUAGCAGUGAAUGCAGACGGGAACAUGCAUGCAUUCAGUACCAACAUCACCAGUGGCUUCCUAUCAGAGCUGCUCUGCGGUCAACAGUACCAGAUCAGAGUUAGAGCAAUCAACAGUCAGUGCAGGAGUUCACUGAGUUUACCCACUUACCUGUCAUCAGUUCCAUGUGUUCCUCAGAACGUGGUGUCAGAGCUGGACUGUUUGUUCAACUUCAUAACUAUAAGGUGGAACACCAGCCACGGGGCGGCAUCUUACCUGGUGGUUGCCAAGGGACCUGAGGGUCCAGUGACUGCCUGUAACACAACUGGGCAGGAGUGCAGACUGGAAAUGCUGCAUUGCAGCUCCUUGUACAAUAUCAGCGUCAUUGCAGUAAACCAGCAAUGCAACACAUCAGGAAGUUCCAUCUUACGAAUAAACACCGUGCCGUGUGUGCCUAGUCAUGUGCAGGGCAGUGUAAACUGUACGACUGGACAUGUAUCUGUAUCCUGGGCCCCAAGCGUGGGGGCCAUUUCCUAUGCUGCGGUUGCUCAGGCUAAUGGAGGCUACGCAUCAGUGUGUAACAGCACUGGAACAGCAUGUGUCUUCUCAAAUCUGCUCUGUGGGAUGAACUAUAGUCUAGCUGUCAGCGCCACUGAUGGGACCUGCAACACUGCACAGAGUCAACCAGUUGUGCUGAGUACAGUGUCCUGUAAGCCACAGAAUGCUGUCGCCCAGCUCAACUGUGACACCAACUCUGCUGUUGUAAGUUGGGAGCUCACUGAUAACGUCACACGUCACACAGUCCAGGCUGUUGGUUCUGAUGGACAUCGCAUCAACUGCAGCAGCUUCGAUCAGAGUUGUGCAUUAUCUGGCCUGCACUGUGGCCAAAGCUAUAACAUUACCGUCACUGCCUUGGAUGGAGUAUGUGACAAUAGCAACACGCACCUCAUUCUGCAGUCAGCUCCAUGUGCACCUAGCAAUGUUCAGAUGCCUUUGCACUGCAAUGUCAGCAGUGGUGGUGUUGUGUCUGUGUCGUGGGUGCAAGCAAAUGGGGCGGAAUCUUACAUGGCUGUGGCCGUGUCUAAUGAUGGGCAUUCAUACUCUUGUAACACCACCACUGCCUCCUGUGAUCUGCAGCAACUGCAGUGUGGUCAGAUUUAUAAUGUGUCUGUGUACUCACUGACUCAAGGUUGUGGGGGAGUGAAGAGCUCUACGUCUCAGGUGCAGACAGCUCCGUGUCCCCCUCAGAACGUAUCUGCCAUUGUGCAGUGUGGUUUAGGGUCUGUGCUGGUGAGUUGGAACCCAACAGUGGAUGCCAGCCAGUUCAGAGUUGAACUGGAGUCUGAGAGCACCGGUGCGAUCUCCUCCUGUAACAGCACAAGCACACAGUGCUCCUUUGCCCUUCUGCCCUGUGGAGAGAGAUACAACCUUAGCGUGGUGGCACUGAGAGACGGCUGUCAGAGUCAACCAAGCAGUGACCUUUCCAUCUCCACAGCUCCAUGUACUCCACAGGGGGUCAAUGGUACUGUGGACUGUGUCACUAACUCUGCAUGGGUAUCAUGGGAUGUAGAUAAUGGUGCAGAAUCUUACACAGUGCUGGCUGUAGGAGACGACGGUUACAAUUCCACCUGUAGCAGCUCAAACUCCACCUGUAAUGUACCUGACCUGGGCUGUGGAAAGAGGUACACCUUCCACGUCUUUGCCUCAAACGCUGCUUGCGUGGGCCCACCCAGCAGCAGCUUUCAGCUGGAGACAGCACCUUGUGCCUUGUCAUCCAUCGUGGUGGUGGCUGAAUGCCACAGUUCUAUUAUUACGGUAAAAUGGCAGAGAGCUGGGAGCGGAAAAUCUCUCUACAUUGUCACAGCAGAGGAUCAAGACUAUUCCCGCCUUUCUUGCAAUAGCUCCACUUCUUCCUGCAACCUUACUAAUGUGCAGUGCGACAAAGAGUACACCGUCAUUGUGGCUGCUUCAGCCAACCAAUGCAGCAGCCUCCGCAGCCCACCCUACAAGAUCAGAACUGCACCCUGUCAGCCCUCAUCAGUACAGGCCAAUGUAGACUGUCAGUCAAAGGAUGUGUUUGUGUCAUGGGACCCAUCAUAUGUGGCGCAGUCGUACCUGCUCACUGCAGUCGGCAGAAACGGAGACUUGAAGACGUGCAAUACCAUGAACAAUAACUGCACGCUAACCGACCUGCAUUGCAGCAACACCUACGACGUGUCUGUUUUAGCCAGUAACGAGAACUGCACCAGCCUGCCCAGUGCUAACAUCACCUUCAAAACAGUGCCAUGUGAACCAGCCAACUUAACUGUAACCGUACAGUGCGGGAACAGUAGUAGUGCCUCCUUGUCCUGGGUGGGGAGUACAGGGGCAGUGGCCUACAUGGGACUUGCUCAGUCAGAAACCGGCACAACAAUCUACUGUGAAACCACACAAACGUCCUGUACGUUGGAGGGCUUAGUGUGCGGCGCUGUGUACAACUUUUCAGUGCGAGCGACGAACGGCACCUGCAACAGUUCCUUGAGUAAACCUCAAACUAAGGGAGCAGCUCCCUGUCCUCCACCUGGAUUUCGUGUUGUCCCUCGUACAGUAGUGAAUGACACUCAGAUUUUAAGGGCGUCUUGGUCUACAGUGAAUUGUCCUAAUUCUGAAUACCUCCUGGCACUCACGGGCAGCAUUCAGGGCAACAGCCAGGCACUCUUUGACCUCGAGUCCUAUUGGACAAGUCGCACAUUCUUUGAGGUGCCUCUCCCUUGUGGCUCCACCUACAGCGCAACCAUCAGUGCGAGGAACACUGCUGCCACAAGCGACAAGUCUGCUGCCAUCACUGGAACCACAGUACCUUGUGCUCCUCUAAAUGUGACGUUCUCUGCAUCAGCGGUAGUGGAAUGGAACGAGUCUUUAUUUGCUACAAACUACACUGUAUAUGGGGUUACUUCCUCUGGUAGGACGAAACUCUGCGUGACCUCACAGCGCCUCUGCUCUGUCGCCAAUUUCAGCAGUGGCCACAUUGUCGUAACUGCCAGCAACACUGCCGGGGAGAGUCAAGACUCUGUGCCUGUUUUAGUGACAGCAGGUCACAGGAGGAGGAGGUGAGACCUGGCACAAAGUGAGAAAGGCCUGACCAACCCUGAGUGAAUGCUUUUAUCUCAUCGCACUCAAAACUCUUUUUGCAUGUCAUAUAUAUUCCGGUUCAAGGUUCACUUUAUUAUUUUUUUUAAACAAUAUUCAAGGGUGGAGUAGAUUGACUGGGUAAAAUAUUAACGUUAUUUCUUUUUAAAUGUUAAAAAUCUGUUUCUGGCUUAUGGAUUUUCUAUGCAAUGCCAAAUAUUUAAAAAAAAAAAAGUCUUAUAUAAAUAUGUAUUCUAAUGUUUUUGUAUAUGAGUAGAGUUAUAUUAAAUACAAAGAGCAUUUCUCCAUGUGAUCAGUCUUAUAAAUUAUGACAUGUAAAGCACAUGUAAAAUAAAUUAACCAUACACAAAACACCUGCUGUUCUUAUAAAAUGAAUAUUCUUACAAAGAA